GAGNNNNUCUCAUUCUCCUUCCAAACAAAACUCCAAAAACCAACGCAUAAGAUUAGCGUCAGAGACACACAAGCCGAUAAGAACAACACCUCUUCUUCUUCCUCUUCUUCCACAAACUCACCACUCAUUUAAAAUUAAAACGACCGUCGUUUAUUCUUCCCUCUUCCUCUCCUUCCCACCCUCGCAUUGCGCCCUUCACCGAGCAUACAUAAACGACGCCCUUUCCCUCUCUAUCCCCUGUCGUUUCUGCCAAUUAUUGUUAUUUUUUUAAAAAAGGAAAAUAUCUGUUGCGUUUGGCUUUGUGGAACCGUUCACACGUUUUGUUUCUUCCUUUCUCUUUCUCCAAUGGGAAACGCUAACGGCAGAGAAGACGGUGCCAUUGGCACCGCCGGCGACACCUCCGCCGCUGACUCCGCCGUACGUGGAGCUCACGCGCCCGACUCCCGACCUCCCGUUCGCGCCUUCUCCACCGAUUCCAUGGCCAAUAGCCCGCCUCAGAGUCCUCGCCGCUCCAGAUCGCCGAUCCUCUUCGGACCUCAGGUUCCUCUAGCUCCACUCCAAAGGGGUAAUGGCCCCCCAUUUGUCAAUCAAAUGUGGCAGAAUGAGUCUCAUGGUAUUGUUAAUCACCCUCCUGAGCAAGGAAUCCCUGUCAUGAUUACAUGGAAUUAUGGUGGUAAUAAUGUGGCUGUGGAGGGAUCUUGGGAUAACUGGACAUCUAGGAAGGCAUUGCAACGAGCUGGUAAAGAUCACUCAAUUCUUAUAGUCUUGCCAUCAGGUAUUUAUCAUUACAGGUUCAUUGUGGAUGGGGAACAGAGAUAUAUUCCAGAACUUCCUUAUGUGGCUGAUGAGAUGGGGCACGUCUGCAAUCUUCUGGAUGUUAAUGAUUAUGUGCCAGAAAACCCUGAAGGUGUGUCCGAGUUUGAGGCGCCAGCCUCCCCAGAAUCCAGUUAUGGUCAAGCGUUCCCAGCCGAGGAAGACUUUGCAAAAGAGCCAAUGGCCGUUCCUUCACAGCUGCAUCUUACUGUACUAGGUAUGGAAAACUCUGACAUAGGUUCCUCGUCAAAGCCUCAACAUGUUGUGCUAAAUCAUGUCUUCAUAGAGAAAAACUUGGCCUCAAAAUCUGUUGUCGCACUGGGACUUACUCACAGGUUCCAGUCGAAAUAUGUUACAGUCGUCCUUUACAAACCACUCAAGAGGUAAAUAUGUGACCCGGCUGUACUUUAUAAAAUCUCCUUUUUGUUUUUUGUUUUUGUUCUUUUGUAGCUUCAGUCUGUAAAGGUGAAAGGUUUGAAUAAUACUUCCAAAGGUGUUAUAUGAAGGUCUUGUGUCUAUAGAUAUGCUUCAAAAAAGUAACUCGCGCUCCUUUUUUCGAUUCUGAUAUGUGUCUUAAUCUUUAGUCUUUCAAAUUCUGACUUUCUUUCUUGGUAAAGUAUUUGAUGAGGUUUCCACUGGGAGUCUCAUUGAUAAGGCUGGCUAUUUUAUUGCUAAGAUGUCUCCAUUCCUUAUGGUAACCUCGUCCAAUACUUUGCCUUCUUUCUUUCCUUUGUCUUCUACAUCCUUGAAACUUAAAAAUGGUUUCUUCAAAUAUGAUGUUGAAAUAUAAUGCUGGAGGAGAAAUUUCGUUUGGUUAUGCGGUUAUGCUUGCUUCCAACGAAGAAAUGUUCAACUACAAGGCUCAUGGGGAAAGUUAUUCUAAGUCAACCUAAUGGCAUAUUGUUUAGAUUUCUGGAAGUCCUAGACUAUAUGAUCAAAUUCAAGUCUAGCUUCUAUAAUUUUUGUAACCACUUUUUGUAAUAUGAAAGCUAGAACAAACAUGCUACGAUAUUUU